AUGAUAUUGACGCUCAAGCAGUCCGUCUUGGACGCGCUGAAGCCGUUCAUAUGUAUGCAUUUCUCGACAUUCAAUCGAUGUGGCUCGAGGGGAGAUGACGCACCCACUGACAUCCAUCCCUUGUUGUUGAGAAGGGAGGGUGGUCGAGUCAACCAUCACCAGUUUGUGCCGUAUGUCGCCAAGGAGCUCAAAGAGAACUAUCCCGUGUAUAGAUCUCUCUGCGAGUCUCUGGAGCGCAUGUUCCAAUGGAUAUCGAUGAAGAUCCGCCAGCGCCUGCCCGACAUGCAUAAGGAGCUGGUCAUGAUGGCAGAGGUCAUGCCCCAGUCCAAUCCUGCAUACCCUUUCACCGGCUUUGUCGUCAACAUCAAUGUUGCAACAAAAGCCCAUCGAGACGCCAACGACUUCCACGGCUGUGCGUUGAUAGUCCUCGGAGAGCAUCAGGGUGGUGAGCUAUGUCUGUACGAGCCAGGUCUCGUGCUUCCGCUUCGAGAGGGUGAUCUGUUCGUCUUUCCCUCUGGGCGAAUCACUCAUUUCAACCUCCUCUACAAAGGGGAGCGCGGAUCUAUUGUUUGUCAUUCUGACAGAGCGGGUACUUCAUGGAUGCGUAGCCAGAAUGGCUGGAAUGGUAAUGUCUAUUGCCCUCGUACUUAG